AUGCGCUCUCUACAGUGGAAGGAUAACUUGUUGGGUGCGGUUCAAGUGCCAUUAAGCCCAAUAGUCUAUAUGGUAAUCCCUGGUCUUAACCCAGAAGGAUACUAUCUUCUUUCUAAACUGCUAUGUCUUUGUCCUGAAAGAAGAAUCACAGCUUUUGAUGCCCUGCAACAUCCAUACUUUACCAAUUACCAUAUAUUUUCUGGUAAGGGAUCUAUACAAGGAACUCCUAGUAAAGCUUACAUGGGUCAAGCCAUGGAUUCCAAGAAACCUGUUAUCGUGAAGAUUUUCGAUCGUAUCAAGUUAAAUGAAGGCAUCUCAAGUGCAGUAAUAAGAGAAAUUGCUUUCCUGAAAGAGAUGGAUCAUGAAAAUAUUGUAAGUGUGAUAGAUGUUGUUUUUACUGGUAUGAAGAUACACCUUGUUAUGGAGGCUGCAGACAUGAACCUUAGACAGUUUAUAGAUGAACACCCUAAAGGGGUAUCAGAUCGACAUGUGAGAAAGAAUCUGUUGUAUCAACUUCUGAAAGGACUUGAUUACUGUCAUUCUCAAAAAAUAAUUCAUCGGGAUUUAAGGCCAGAAAGUUUGAUGAUUAACCGAGAUCCACUUACACUGAAGAUAUCAGACUUUGGAACAGCAAGAGACUUUCAGGUUCCAGUGAAGGCGCUGACUAUAAUAGACAGGGCAAAGUGUGUAUUGUAUAUGCCACCUGAAAUCUUGUAUGGGAAAUGGAGAUACACGGCUUCAGUUGACAUGUGGGCUGCUGGUUGCAUAUUUGCUGAAAUUGCUAGGGGAAAGCCUCUCUUCCAAAUCGGAUCCAAUGAUUAUCAUAUGACCAGUGAUAUUUAUCAAAUGCAGAAGAUACUCAGCGUUUUAGGGACACCAAAUGAAGAUCUAUGGCCAGGAGUUUGUGAAGUAUUCCAUAACAUAAAUUCUAUCAAAUUGAUUCCGUCCAUGGAUCUACAUGAGUUGGUUCCAUGUCUUGAUCCAGAAGAAAUGGAUCUUUUGAAACAAAUGAUUUGCCUGAAUCCCAGUGGAAGAAUCAUGGCUGCUGAUGCGCUCAAGCUUUCUUACUUUGACGAUCUUCGAGCUGCUUGA